AUGGCGGGGGCCGGAAUUGAUCCAAGGGAGGCGAAGAGUCUGAAAUCGUUUAGCGAAUACGUUCAGCCAUUGACGGAUUUCAUGGGGGAGGUGGCGGUGGAGGAGAAGAUGAUUCUGGUAGGGCACAACCAAGGCGAACUGUGCAUCUCGAAGGCAAUGGAGGAUUUUUCGGAUAAAAUAUCUGUGGCUAUUUUUGUCAUCGCCGCCAUGCCUGGCCCAUCCCUAAAUGCUUCAUUUCUACUUGAACAGAUGCAACAAAGGUGUAAAGAUUUUGGUAUCUCUAAAGGAGUAAAGAUUACAGCUAGAGUUUGUAUAUGA